AUGGCCAGCAGGGGGCGCAUGCAGUGGCCCUGGGUGACCGCAUUGCCCCACUGCCUGCAGCCCCGGCUGGACACAGGAGAGCCUGGAUUGCAUCAGCUCUGUGACACAGCGCCUCGGACCUGCAAGGAGCUGCUCACGAGGGGGCACUUUCUGAGCGGCUGGUUCACCAUCUACCUGCCUGACUGCCGGCCCCUGAGCGUGCUCUGCGACAUGGAAAUGGACGGCGGGGGCUGGACCGUUUUCCAGCGAAGGAGCGACGGCUCCGUGGAUUUCUUUCGUGACUGGGCCACGUACAGGCAGGGCUUCGGCAGCCAGCUGGGGGAGUUCUGGCUGGGGAACGACAACAUCCACGCCCUGACCGCCCAGGGAACCAGCGAGCUCCGCGUAGACCUCGUGGACUUCGAGGGCAACCACCAGUUUGCCAAGUACAGCUCGUUCCGGGUGGCGGGCGAGGCCGAGAAGUACCGGCUGGUCCUGGGGGCCUUCGUUGGGGGCAGCGCAGGUGAUUCCCUGACAUACCACAACGACCAGCCCUUCUCCACCAAAGACCAGGACAACGACUCAAAUUCUGAAAACUGUGCGGACCGCUACCAGGGGGGCUGGUGGUACUUUAAGUGUCACCUGUCGAACCUCAAUGGUCUCUACCUCCGGGGGUCCCACGAGUCCUUUGCAAACGGCGUCAACUGGAAGUCGGGGAAAGGCUACAACUACAGCUACAAGGUGUCGGAGAUGAAGAUGCGGCCGGUGUAGAUAGGGGCCGACCGCGCGCGCAGUGGCCGCCGGGAGGGCUGGUCCGGACGCUCUCGGGGGCGGGAGCACGGGCUCGGGGACCUCCCGCGUUCCCUCCUGGGACCCUCUCUGUUUUGUGCCUUUAUCCACACUAACGCAGUCUCCCAUCCCUGAGGGUGAGAGCAGGGACCCCUGAUCUCGCUAGCCACGCAUUUUCUUAAUAAAGACAUUUGCUUCCUUGCUCAGCA